UACAAUCUUGUCAAAUCACGGUUUAUUUACUCUGAUAGUGAUCGACUUAGCAAGGUAAAAAAAACGGAAAUGCAAGUUUAAACUUCUAAAAUGGCGUUCAAGCUGCUUUUUCUAGCAGCUGUUGUUGGUUUCACUUUUUGUUCGGGUUCUGAAGCGGCAAAUGAUGAUGGUUCCAUGCCGACUGUGAAGAAGGACUCCUUGCAUGAUGGGAGUUCCCGGAAGUCCUAUCACAUCCUUAUGGUUACAAUGUGUUUGCGAGGACAUUUCAAUCCAUCAGCAGGCCAGUUCCGAGCACUUGUGGAAAAAGGUCACAAAGUGUCCGUCUUCACAACUGACUCUUGCCCAGAACAGGUGUCCAAAUACAUGCCAGGUGCUGUCGAAGUGCAUGAGUCUACAGUAAUGCCGGACAUUGUGGUUCCUUUGAACCCUCUAGAAGCUCUAAUCAGUCUUCGAAACUACCUCCAUGAAAGUGGGAUCAUUAACGCAUACGAAGAAAUAGAUCGAUUUAUAGACAACUCCCCUCACAAGUAUGACCUUGUAAUUGGCGACACUCUGGUCGGCGGUACUAUAUUGGCGGCAAGAAAACAUGGAAUUCCGAUUGUGAAUGUUUUCACGGCUCCGCUUCUGGAAACUGCCAGGACACGCCCAUCAGUUUGGGACAGAAACCAACUGCCAAUCGAAGAACCAGGGGAAGCCACUUCGUGGAAAGGGGUCAUAGUUCCAUCACUACUGGCCACACUUAUGGAAUUUUUAAUUUCAAUUCCCAUACAUCAAACGCUUGAACAAAUUCAUGCCCAAAACGGAUGGGAGUCUGUUCCAUAUGACUAUGGAAGAUUCCAUCUUAGCUAUGUUCAUAGAUACUCGCUUCUACUGAGUAAUGGAGCUGCACCUUUCACGAGAAAAUUUGGAGAACACUAUGAGAAUGUAAUAUCGAUUGGAUACGUUCCUGAUGACGUCAUGUACCCUCCAUUGACCCCGGAGCUCUCUAAUUGGCUGAAGACAGCAGACCGUCCCGUCAUCUUUGUCAGUUUGGGCACAGUCACUGUCAUCGGGAAAGAAGAGACACGAAGCCUAUUCAGUCAGCUGGAAUCUCAGGAAAAUUUCUAUUUUAUUUGGGCAGUCAAACCACAACAAUUGGAGUUCUUGGAAAUACGACAGACACCUUAUGUCACAAAACAUCUGUUUUUGGGACAGUACCUACCCCAAGGAAGCAUCCUACAACAUCCGAAAGUCAAACUAUUUGUCACUCAUUGCGGCGCAAAUUCGGUUCUUGAUAGUAUUCACGCCGUUAAACCGAUGAUCACGUUUCCUGGUUUCGCAGAUCAGCCUCUAACCUCAAACAUUCUUAUCAACCUUCGGGUCGCCAAACUGCUCAAGAAAUUUGACUACCAACAAAUGGAACUUCGAAUUGAAGAAAUGCUUGCUGAACCUAAUUACUCAGAGAUGCUUGGAAGGUUACAGAAAGUUCAAGAGGACCAGGUCAAACUGGGCGGGUACAAAGCGGGCGUGGAGAUUGUCGAGAAGGUUAUUGAAGGUCAAAUUAAGGUCAACAAAUCAAUCGCUGCUGAAGAUGUAAUUGGAUCGUUGUACACUCAAUUUGCUAUUUCGGUUUUGGUGUUUACCUUUGCGAUUUUUAUGCUUAUAUUAGUUCUCGUCUGUUGUUGCCGAGUAUUGUGUUGCAGAAAUGGAUGUUGCAAGUGUUGCAGCCGAAGUGAGAAAAAGCAGAAAACACAUUUAACAAAGAAGCAAAAAUCGAACAAGGUCGACUAACACAAACAUGAAUCAUAUUUU